AUAAUCAAUGAGCCCCGUUGAUUUUCGUAAUUUUCGUGAUACCGUCCAACGAGGCUCAUUAGCCUAGUCCAGUGUUUUGUAAAAAGCUAUUCUCGGCAACCAUGGUCUAAAUUUUAUCGGUGAUGAGAUAUGGGAUCCCCGUCUCACAGAAGGAGAUACUCUCCGUCGCCUGUGGAUCAUCGUCAUAGCAGAAGAAGCAAAAGAGAUAGAAGCCGAUCUCCGAACUCCAAUUCUCAUUCUAGGAGAAGAAGUCGUUCUGAUUCUCCACGACAUCGUAGAAGUCGUUCGCCGAGUUAUAGACGCCGUAAGAGUCCAUCUCCAACACCUAGACGACGUAGAAGGCACAGAAGUAAGAGUGAUUCAUUCUCUCCUCUACCCAGGUCUCCUACCCCAAGUCUUGCUUCUUCUGAACGCAAAAAUGCCACUCAGAAACUGAAAAAAGAGCAGGAAGAGAAGAAAAGGCUUCAACAUGAAGCAGAACUGAGACUAUUAGAAGAGGAGACUGCAAAGAGAUUGGAGGAAGCAAUUUGGAAAAAUGUGGAAGACAGGUUAAAUUCUGAGAAAGUCAAACUAGAAAUAGAGAGGCGGAUAGAAGAAGGUCAAAAGAAAUUGUUUGAUGAUGUUGUAGCUCAACUGGAGAAGGAGAAGGAAGCUGCUCUUUAUGAGGCAAGACGGAAAGAGGAACAAGCUCGAAAGGAAAGAGAGGAGCUAGACAAAAUGCUGGAAGAGAAUAGGAGGAGGGUAGAAGAAGCACAGCGAAGAGAAGCUCUAGAGCAGCAGCGAAAAGAGGAGGAACGAUUUCGUGAAUUGGAGCUCAUUCAGAGGCAAAAAGAAGAGGUUGCUUGGAGAAAAAAACUGGAAGAGGAAGACGAACAUGCUAAUCACAUGAAAGCGUUGGGUAAGAACAGAUCUCGACAGAAGCUGCCUUUUGGCAUUGGUUUAUAACAAUUUUUAAAAGCCUGUAUGUAGGUCGUCUGCUUUCCAAAGGGGGUAAUCGCUCGGAAUUUUACCAUAAAACUAAGGUAUUUUACAAAAUGCCCCUUAAAUUGGGUUAAAAUCAUAGAUAUGCCCUCGUGCCUUUUAUGAUACAGAAAUUGCUGUUAUUACUAGACAAUUUCAAAAUAACUUUAGCUAAUUUACUGUUUUAACUUCUAAA